UAUGAUAUGGCGGAGUUGUUCAGUCGUCUGCGUCCUUUCUGUGUAAAGCUAGCUCAGCAGCCGUCUGUCGCGAGUGCUUGUAGCCUUAAGGAAGCACUGCAGGCUUUGAUCGAACCUCAGAUUCCUCACGAAUUGUUUGAAUAUAUUUUAUUUCCACUUCUGCUCAUUCUUAGAUCUCAAAGAACCAGCGAAUUGUUGAUAUUGACAGCUUUGGAUUGUCUUCGUCUCGUUUUACAAAAGACUUCAGUACGAAAGGAGGCCGUAGUCACUGAUUUGAUAACACAGUUGUGUGCAAAAGCCACAGGGCUGAGAUCGGCAAAACAUGAGGAUGAAGAUCAAGCAAACGUUAUACUUGAAAACAGCAGCGUGUCAGAAGAGAUUCGUCUAGCUUGCAUCAGCUGUGUAACGACGUUGCUUGAAUCGACAUCUUUAAGCGUCAGACAGUCUCUCUACAGUUUGGAGAGAGCUCCUGUGCUGGGAUAUGCUGUGUCCGUUACUUUGCAACUUACUACAGUUGAGACGAUGCGUCCAUUGCAAAUAGAAUCAAUGAAGUGUCUUCAGUCUCUUUGUUGGUGUUCAUCUCAUGAACUGGAUGCUGUACCAGUAGAUGUCCAGCCGAUCAGUGAUGGUGCUCGUCAGUGUUGUCAAGUUGUUGCUUCGUUUCUACCAGGUAUUGUCACAUCCAUAGCUAAGGUGAUUGUAGGUGACUCAAAGCAAGGGCAGGCAGUUUUAUCGAUGGCUUUUCUGACGUGGUCAUCUGUUGUUGCUGCGGCAAUGUGUGAUGCAUUGAUGCCAGCCGACAUUUCUAUAGAUAUGCACGAUGAAUAUCAAAAUGAGGAAACGGAGAAGAGAAAAGCACUUGUUACAAAUCAAGACAGAAGAUGGUGGAAAGUAACAGCCAGCAAAGUGCAGCAGUUGCUUAAACGGAUUCUUUCUGUUGGCAUUCACUCAGAAUGGAAGCUUCGUCUUUCUGUUUGUAAGUUUGCAAAGAUGCUUCUACUGAAAUGCAACAAGUCACUUGAGAAUUGUGUGCCAAUGCUGGUAGAUGUGUUGGUUUCACAUUUAAAUGAUGACUACAAACAAGUUGCUGAAUUUAGCAAGCAGUCAUUGGAUUGCUUCUCUGAGAUUGUUGUUGCUCAAGGUUCUGGCUCAUUGAUUUCUAUGUUUGUGGAGAAUAUUCAUUUGCUGAUCACUCGUUUACCAAGAAUUAUAAGAACAGCAGAUGAUGCACAGCGGCUGCCUACGUUGGAACUUUUGGUUGGAUAUUUGAGACUUUUGGGUCCACGGAUUUCUAGUUUGUUGUCUUCAUCUUCACAUCUGAAACGUCUUUCUCGGGCUUUGCUUCAGAUUCUUGAGCUUGUACCUUCGGACUUAAGAAUAAUGGAAGAGCAGAAUCUUCAGUUUGGAUUGACUGCUAAUAGUAUGCUGCAUUGCCCAGUAGCUAACCAUUCAUUUGGCCACUCAAUUUAUAAACUUCGGUUUUGCCAUUUUAAUGACGAAAAAAUACAAACAACUGUUGUGAAAUCAAUCAGGCUGUUGGGUUAUUAUGGAGAUAUUGCACUUCUAAUUGAUCAUUUUGUGGAGUUUAUUUCACCGCUAUCUCUUAUGAAAAAGCAAGCUAUUCUUAUUGUGAAUGAGUUAGUUCGAGGGACUGCAAUAAUUGGAUUUGGUUGUGGGCAAGAUGAAUUUCUGCAUUGCAAAGUGAACAGUGAACAGACCGUUGAGCAGCACAUAAGGUUUCUUCUUGCAGAGUAUGUACGUGAGUCAAAUUGGAACAUUCCAACUACAGUAGACACAAGGAUGGAAGACUUGCGAGCAAAUCAAAGUUCACAUUUUCUGUCUUCAGCAAGUGGUGAUGGUCUUACUGUUCAGACAUUGAACAGCAACACGAUGUUUAUUUGCUUAUUAUUGGACGGCAUUGCUGCUUUUGCUGAAGUUUUGGGAAAACAAUUUGAUACUCUUCUGAUUACAGCGCUUUAUCCAAUUAUGGAGAAACUGGGUGACAGUAAAGGAGUCAUCAGUCAAACUGCAUUGAAUACAUUGAUGGUCAUUUGUCAAAGUUGUGGUUACAGGUUGUGUGACUUUGGUGUUGUGGCUGUCUGCUUGCUGUAUGUGUGGUGUAUUUGCAGUUCUGUGAGCUCUGUAAUAGGACGUAACGCUGAUUAUCUGAUUGACACUGUGUCUCUGAACUUACGACAUUUGGAUAUGAAUCCUACAACGGCAAGGGUAUUGAAAGUUAUGUUUCAACAGAGCAGUGAUGAAACAUUUUUGCCUCUUGUUGAUGACACACUUCACGAGGUGUUUUCUUGUCUGGAUGGACAUUUUGAUGAGACUGCACUUCUCCUUAUGCCGGUCUUGCAGAGUCUUAUUGAGGCAGUUUGUCGGUGGUUUUGUAACACAGGGAAGCAAACGGCAACGAACAGUCGUGUUGAAGGAUUUAGCAGUGAAGAUAGCAACAUGAAAGGCUGUAGUGUCAGUCAGUAUUUGUUGCAAUAUUGCAAGAAACAAGAAGUGGAGGAGACAGACAACGUCGAGAACAAUCAAGAUGAUGAAAGCAAUGAACAAGAUGAAGAUGCUGAUGAAAUAGAUUACUCUGAGGACAAGCAAGAGCCAACAGCAGCCCAUGUUUUGCUGACAGUAGAGGUGUUGGAACGUUGUACCCAUUAUGUAUCAUCCAAGAAUGCUCGUCUUCGGCUUAUGGUUUUGUCUGUGAUACAGAAUGGACUUGCCAUAUUGAACCCAGCUACAGAUCAGCUUUUACCACAAGUUCACAAACUUUGGUCUCCACUUGUGAGACGGUUGAAUGAUGUUGAACCCAUUGUGUUGAUAAAAGCUCUUGAUGUUUUGUGCACAAUGGCUGAGGUGUCUGGUGAUUUUAUUCGAAGGCGCGUUGCUGCUGAUGUGUGGCCGUCUUUAUCUAAAACUUUAGAGGGAUUGACUGGAGUGAGUUUGCAGGCUGGAACAUCAUAUAAACACACAGUGAAUUUUAAACUUCAGAGGGCUAUUCUGACUACUGUGACUGUUUUGAUAUCUAAGUUGGAUAUGGGAGAUGUGGAGCUCAGUAAUAUAGCAGCGUCUGCACUUCUGUAUCUGAAUAUGAAACAGCCCGGAGAGUUGCAAGAGGCUGCAUUGGGACUGUUCAAGACAUUGGCUGGUGUUGAUUCAGAUGCCACGUGGCUGAUCCUCAGUGAAGUAGUCGGUUGUUGUUUGCCGUCACCUCAUCCGUGCUUCUCUUCCAUUAAACUGGGGACUGGAAGCAGAUUUAGGGGAAUCCAGUUUCCAGAAGUAGUACUGGACAUGUUUGAUGGACUGUCUUCUCCCGGUUUUAGUUAGCUUGUAAAAGAAUCAUGCAGAAGUUGGAGGUCUAUGUAGUCGUAUGCAUAUGCAUGUUAUUGUACAUAUGGUAUGCAUUCAUGACUUUCCAUUCACAGUUUCUCUUGACAGUUAAGGUAAAAAUUAGAUCUAAGCUACAGAAAUUGAAGCUGCUUUCUUGAUUAUAAUUUAUAACCUGAAAUCAUACAUGUGCUGUACUGGCGUGAAGCACAGAUUUAGUGUCUUAAGUUAUCAAUAUUACAAUUUUUUAAAUU